AUCUCAGAAUAGUGUUUUAUUCACUAAAUGAUAUUUUAUUCAAAUUGCAUUGUAAUAUGUUUUGUUUCUAUUCUGUGUUGUAAUUCAUAAAAGUUGCAUGUGAAGGACACGUACAUAUUGUUAAAUAGAAACGAUAGUUUUGUGUUCAAAAUUUAUUAUAAAGCUAAAGUCUUCCAUUAAUAUUCAAUUGACAGUGUGCGUUCUAUUGUGAGCCUAUUCUUUUGUGUGAUGUGUAAGAGAAGUCAUAGGGUUAAAAAGCAUUGAGAAAUCUAAUAUUAAUUUUUGUAACAGAUUUACUGCCAUUUUGCUACAUUUUUGCAUUACUGUAAUACCUAAGAACAUUGUCUUUAUUUACGUUUGAUUUUUUUAACUUCAAUUACAAUUCUGCUACAUAAAUAUAAACGAAGUAUAAAUACAUGAAUCAUUAUUCAUGUAGACAAACUCCAUACUGAUGAAACUUAACACGGACAGUACGAUAAGUAUUAUCGUUUUCAAACAUAUGUCAAACAAUUAAAGGCAAUAGCUUUCGCUUGAUCGUGUAAGGUCGUGUUAUGGUAAGGUGUCGUGAAGAAUCUUCUAGUAUCAUUUGUGCUUGGCUAUUAUUGUUCUAAAUAACGAUCGUUUACACGAUGAUACCCUAUCAUCGUAACGCGUUCAGAUCGAUCCAUGCGUCAUCUACUCAAACAGGCAGCGUGCGUUAUCAGCGAAUUCAUUGUCGCUAAGCAACAACGCAGCAACCGAUUUCGGGUGCCCAAAUCGUCAUACCCUGUGGCAAGGUGCGUGUACAGGUAAUGGGAACAAGUCGGUGGCACAACAAUGCUAUCGAUGCAAUACGAGCUUAGUGACGAAGAACCCACGGGCCGCAAGUUUAUGGCCCCUGGCAGUAGUGUCCACGGCAUACGGUGCAGUGUUAAACCGUUCCUUCAAAAGAGUAAUCAGUCAUCUCCCGGUGCGAUAAGUUUGGUUACCUUUUUUUCUACCCUUUUUGCGACGGCAAAUCCCGGCUGUUGCUUUGUGUACUGAUAAUGAGCGUGUGUGGUGUGUAUGGAAAUUCGGGGGCCCGUCUUGUACAUAUGGUAGACGCCGCAUCAGCGUGGAACGAUCAGUUCAACACGGGAAGUGAAACACGGCGCAAGUGUGUCUGAAACAAGUGACCUACGGCGGAGAAACAAUUCAACCGGUAGCAGCUUGCCAUUUGCCAUUCGUGUGUGCGUAGAUCAAGCAACGUAUAAAUCAGGUGUCGUGUACGCAGAUCGUAGUGUGCCGGUGAAACGAUUAAAGUGUCCAUAAUGUUGCGUCAAGUGAGCAAGUCUGAUUUGUUGACCAAGCAGUUCGACAAACUGCUGGUACCACUCUUCUCAACACAAUCUCCCAUGCCAGCAUCAGGACUUCGUCAAAGUUCAUCGUCUGCACGGACAGUGGUGCCUAUGAACAAUCAUCACGCAUUGUUGACUGGCCGCAACAAGUAUGGACUCGCAAAUAUCAACGAAAUGGCAAAGAACGGAUACGGUCACGCAGCUACGGCGCUGAAAGCCCAACCAAAAUCCCAAGCCGUGUUCGAUCGCGAGGACAAGUUCGGAGCGCACAACUACCAUCCACUGCCGGUGGCACUAGCCCGGGGCGAAGGUGUGUACGUUUGGGACGUCGAAGGCAAGCGGUACUACGACUUCCUGAGCGCAUACUCUGCCGUCAACCAGGGCCACUGUCAUCCAAAGAUCGUGCAAGCCUUAACGGAACAGGCACAAGUGUUGACUCUUACCUCGAGAGCUUUCUACUCGAACGUGCUUGGCGAGUAUGAACAGUUUGUGACCAAUCUGUUCGGGUACGACAAGGUGCUGCCGAUGAAUACGGGCGUCGAGGGAGGCGAGACGGCCUGCAAGCUGGCCCGCAAGUGGGGCUAUAAGGUGAAACAGAUUCCCGAAAACAAGGCCAAAAUCAUCUUCGCCGAGGGCAACUUCUGGGGCCGCACGCUGGCCGCCGUGUCGUCGUCGAACGAUCCUAGCAGCUACGCCGGGUUCGGACCGUUCAUGCCUGGGUUCGAGCUGAUACCGUACAAUGACACAGCCGCUCUCGAGAAAGCCUUGCAGGACCCGCACGUGUGUGCGUUUAUGGUGGAGCCGAUACAGGGCGAGGCGGGUGUAGUUGUGCCGGACGAAGGCUACCUGCGCAAGGUGCGCGAGCUUUGCUCCAAGUACAACGUGCUGUUUAUUGCGGAUGAGGUACAGACGGGCUUGGCCCGUACGGGACGCAUGCUGGCCGUCGAUCACGAGGACGUGAAGCCGGACAUUCUCAUCCUCGGCAAGGCUCUCUCCGGUGGCGUUUAUCCCGUGUCGGCUGUUCUUGCCAACGAUCCGGUAAUGCUGUGCAUUCAACCAGGCGAGCACGGCUCAACGUACGGAGGCAAUCCGCUCGGUUGUAAGGUGGCCAUCGCUGCGCUGCAAGUGCUGGUGGAGGAAAAACUUUCCGAAAACGCUGAACGUAUGGGUCAGCUGUUGCGCAGCUCGUUGCGCGAGCUGCCCACGGACGUCGUGUCAAUCGUACGUGGCAAGGGGCUGUUGAACGCGAUCGUUAUCAAUCCUAACUUUGAUGCGUGGGAAGUGUGUUUGCGGUUGAAGGAAAAUGGAUUGAUUGCAAAACCUACGCAUGGGGACAUUAUACGGUUCGCGCCUCCUUUGACGAUCAACCAGGAGCAGCUGGAGGAUUGUUUGCACAUUAUCAAAACGACAAUUAUGUCGUUUGUGCAAAAGUAAUCGUGCUCGGAAAUAACAGGAGGAUCGCGUCAUGAAACAUUUAUAGAGGUUCGUUUCAUUGCUUUCAUACACAACAAAGAUAGAGCUCAUAUGAUAUUGUUUAGAGAUGUAAGAUAAGCCAUAAUAAAAUUAGGUUUAAAUGAAAAUUAAACAAACAA